GCAGCAGUUAUUGCCUAUUCCGCCAUAAUGUCUGGUCGCGGUAAGCAAGGCGGCAAGGCCCGCGCCAAGGCCAAGUCGCGGUCGUCCCGCGCCGGCCUGCAGUUCCCGGUGGGGCGCGUGCACCGGCUGCUGCGCAAGGGCAACUACGCGGAGCGCGUGGGCGCCGGCGCCCCGGUGUACAUGGCGGCCGUGCUGGAGUACCUGACGGCCGAGAUCCUGGAGCUAGCGGGCAACGCGGCCCGCGACAACAAGAAGACGCGCAUCAUCCCGCGCCACCUGCAGCUGGCUGUGAGGAACGAUGAGGAACUUAACAAGUUGCUAGGAGGUGUCACCAUCGCCCAGGGCGGCGUCCUACCAAAUAUCCAGGCCGUCUUAUUACCAAAGAAAACGGAGAGCCACAAGCCCGGCAAGAACAAAUAAGUGCAUAUAUCCCUUUCCAUCCAUAAAGGCUCUUUUAAGAGCCACCAAAGAGUCAACUGAAGGGCUGGUAACAAAUAGCGCAUUAGCUCUUUUUAUGAAGACUUGGUGGCUCUAAAAAGAGCCGUUUUGGGUUGGCAUCAGUUUCACUUGCUCUUAGCCUUGUGGCUCUCGGUCUUCUUGGGCAGCAGCACCGCCUGGAUGUUGGGCAGGACGCCGCCCUGCGCGAUCGUCACUUUGCCCAGCAGCUUGUUGAGCUCCUCGUCGUUGCGGAUGGCCAGCUGCAGGUGGCGCGGGAUGAUGCGCGUCUUCUUGUUGUCGCGGGCCGCGUUGCCCGCCAGCUCCAGGAUCUCGGCCGUCAGGUACUCCAGCACGGCCGCCAUGUACACCGGGGCGCCGGCGCCCACGCGCUCCGCGUAGUUGCCCUUGCGCAGCAGCCGGUGCACGCGCCCCACCGGGAACUGCAGGCCGGCGCGGGACGA